AUGGCUCGCGGAAGUCGGCAUGCGCUGGGCGCUAUUCUGACGGUUCUGGCUGCAUGCGGCGCCAUGUGCGGAUCUUUCGUGCAAGGUGGACCUAUCGUGGGCCAGUCAUGCUCCCCCGCAGCUGUCCGCAUCAAGGACGUGGGCCGGCGAGCAUCGGAUGGCGACCGCGGCGACGUCAGCAGCCGGCGUAAAGUGAUCUUUGAUUCGCUUUCAAAACGGUCACCUUCCACAGCAGCUGUAGCAAUCAUGACCCUCUUGAUCGCCUACAUCCUCACACGGGAGGAGAAGGCGAGAAAGGGCAAAAUCUGUGUGCGCAGCAAGCAGUACAUUGACGACUACAUGGCAGAUCCCGCGAAGGUUGAGCGCCUCGCUGCCAAAGGUGUGCCCUACGAUCAAAUGAGGGCCUAUCUGCAGGAUCCCAACUGCGUGGACGCCUCUGACUAUGUUAAGAACCUCCUGACUGCCCGCUCCUUCUGGGAAGCUGGUGAGGAAUACCGCGUGGGCUAG